UCCUGUGCGUCUUGCCGGCGUCGUGCCGUGUUGCGGAGCUGAGAGACGGGCACCAUUUUCUCGAUUGCGAGGCAUAACAAUUUUUUGUUUUCGUUCAUGUUUUUCCUUAUUAUUUUCAGUGGAUAAUUGGUAGUGAUCUGAGCAAGUUCUUCUAAAGGCGAGCGAAGUCUGGAUCUUCGGCGUAGUCAAGACUUGUUAGUGCGUGCGUUUCCGCAGAUGGCGGCCUGAGCUAUGCUUUGCUCCCCGGCCAUUUUAGGCGGCGCUUGCACUGUCGUCUCCUCGGCUCGGCCCAGGGGCUUGCUUUUUGCUGCUAGCCGAGUUCCUGUAAGAACUUCGACUUGGUUUGUUCACUGAGACUCGACCAUGUCCUGCGUGCACUACAAGUUUUCAUCCAAGCUCAACUAUGAUACAGUCACCUUCGAUGGCCUCCACAUCGCUCUCUGCGACCUGAAGAAACAAAUCAUGGGAAGGGAGAAACUGAAGGCGGCCGACUGCGACCUACAGAUCACCAAUGCUCAGACAAACGAAGAAUAUACUGAUGAUGCUGCCCUCAUUCCAAAGAAUUCCUCUGUGAUUGUUAGAAGGAUUCCUAUUGGGGGUGUCAAAACCGCCAGCAAAACAUAUGUCAUUGACCGUUCUGAACCUUCAAGUGGACCAUCAAAAGCAAUUGAUGAUUCUGCUGCUUCUAUUUCUCUGGCCCAGCUAACAAAGACUGCCAAUCUGGCUGAAGCAAAUGCAUCCGAGGAAGAUAAAAUCAGAGCUGUGAUGUCACAAUCAGUUUUUGAUUACGACCCCAUACAUUACUUGAAGAAACCUCUGGGACCACCACCACCAACUUACACCUGUUUUCGCUGUCGUAAAUCAGGACACUACAUUAAAAAUUGUCCAACUAAUGGGGACAAAAAUUUUGAAGCUGUACCAAGGAUUAAAAAGAGUACUGGUAUCCCCAGAAGUUUUAUGGUGGAAGUUGAUGAUCCCAACAUGAAAGGGGCAAUGCUUACCAACACAGGAACAUUUGCAAUUCCCACUAUUGAUGCGGAGGCCUAUAAAAUUGGAAAGAAGGAGAAACCACCGUUUUUGCCACAGGAGCAGUCUUCGUCAUCAGAGGAAGAGGAUCCCAUACCAGAUGAGCUACUCUGUCUCAUCUGCAAGGACAUUAUGACAGAUGCAGUUGUUAUCCCCUGUUGUGGAAAUAGCUAUUGUGAUGACUGUAUUCGAUCAUUCCUACUAGAAUCAGAUGAACAUAUUUGUCCUACCUGUCACCAGUCUGAUGUUUCUCCAGAUGCCUUGAUUGCAAACAAAUUCUUACGUCAGGCUGUUAACAAUUUUAAAAACGAAACUGGAUACACCAAAAGAAUUCGUAAGGGGCAAAGCUGUCAAACUGGACAAGUUCAGAACCAGGUUAGACAACAGCUGCAGCGUCCAAUGCAGAGCCGUGGAAGCAGGCAGCAAGAUCCACUAAUUUCUAAUGCACCAGCUGCAGAUGUUGCUUCAUCUACUGCUCAGCCUCAAGUUGUUCAACAAACACCUGUUUUACCUUCAACGCUUCCAUCAGCUUCACCUUCUCUACAGGUGAAUGUAGAAUCCAGUAGCCCUCCACCUGAUGUGUCAUCUUCUGUCCCCUCACCUCAACCUGCAGUUAAGCAAGAAGAUCCACCCCCCACCUCAGCUCCAGUAAAAGAUCAAGAUAAAUCUGCACUGAGCAAUGCUCCACCAGUAACUACUUCUGCAGACGCAUCUGUCACCACUGUCUCAUUGCCAAAGGGAUAUCAAGUACCAGUGCUUGGUCAGCCACUUCCUCAUGGCCACUGCAUCCCUACCACAGGACAGCCAAUUAGGUCUAGCUCAGCUCGCCCUGGAACAAGUCGCCAGGCCUGGGAAACAUCGGCUAGCAGAGGAAGACCACCUAGUGAAAGACCCUCAAGAACACAAGCUGUUACCUUACCCAGCAAUGCCCCAGUGUAUGCACCUCCCCCAUCACUCUUUCCUCCUCCUCCUCCACAUUCGCUGCCUUUGGCCACGGGGGUGCCCCCUCCUCAGUUUCCACCACAGUUUCCUCCAGGGCAACCACCAAAUAGUGGGUACAGUGUUCCUCCCCCUGGCUUCCCUCCAGCACCAGCAACAGUCAACACCCCUUGGGUACCUCCUGGAACAAAUGCGCCAUUGGGUAACACCAUUCCCUCAAUCACACAGGCACCCCCUCUCUCCAGGGAAGAAUUUUACAGACAGCAGCGGCGGUUAAAGGAGGAGGAGAAGAAAUCCAAACUUGAUGAGUUCACCAAUGACUUUGCCAAAGAGUUGCUAGAGUACCGAAAGAUCCAAAAAGAGAGACGGCGCUCAUAUUCCAGGUCCAAGUCAUCUUAUAGUGGCUCUUCCUUCAGUGGAAGCUCCUACACCUAUUCAAAGUCCAGGUCCCGCUCCUCUCGCUCCUAUUCCAGAUCUGUGAGUCGCUCACAUUCACGGUCUUACUCCAGAUCUCCAGUCUAUCCCAGAAGAGGAGGGGGAGGAAGGAGUCGAAGUUACCGUUCUCGAUCACGUUCCCAUGGGUACCACCGCUCCCGCUCCAGGUCUCCAGCCUACAGGGGAGGAGGUGGAGGAGGAGGCGGAGGAGGAGGAGGAGGGGGGGGGGUGGAGGAGGAGGGUGGUGGAGGUGGUGGGGGAUAUCGUUCACGAUCGCGAUCCCCUACUUACCGGACUCAUUCUCCCAAUAAACGGCCUGUGCCUCCACCCCAGCCUGAAGGAGAAAGAGAGUAUUACAACAGGUACCGAGAGGCUCCACCCUAUGAUUUGAAAGCCUACUAUGGCCGUUCUGUGGACCAGAGGGACCCCUAUGAGAGAGAGAGAUAUAGGGAAUGGGAGCGGAAGUACAGAGAAUGGUAUGAAAAGUACUACAAGUCCUAUACCCACAGUGCAGGCAAUCCACCUCGGCAAAGACCCCCUCCUUCCAACAGAGAGCACUUUACUCCUGAGCGCUUUGCACCACUUGGGCCAAGACGUGAUAAUUCUCCAUAUGGUAGAGGACGUAAAGAUGACUAUCCACCUAUUGGGUUGGGCCAGAGGGUCCAUAAUAUUCCUGCUGCUUACCCUGAACGGUUUAUGUUAAAGGAAAGCCAUGGCUGUGGCAAGGAGCUGAGCAAAACUUCAAAGGAGAAAGAGGCAGAAAAUCUUCCUGGGGAUGCAAAGAGUUCAAAACACAAGAAACACAGGAAGAGAAGAAAAGGUGAUGAAAGUGAGUUAUUUGGAACAGCACCCCAAGAACUGCCACGCAAGCCUGUAGCCGGAGACGACGUCAAGGGAGAAUCUCUACUGCUUUCCCUGAGUCGAGAUGAUGCCACCCCUGUUCGAGAUGAGCCAAUGGACAGCGCCUCCAUUUCAUAUAAAGCAGUAGCAGAGAGAGACAAAAAAGAAAAGGUCAAAGCCAAAGUGGAAAAAGUAAAACGCAAACCAGAUAUCCCAGCCACUAAAAAGGACUCUCAGGUGAAGCCACUCAAGCCCCCAGAGCGAGACAAAUCCCCUAGAACUGAGCCACCACCCAAGAAGCCCAAAGAGGAACCAUCCCAGAAAGUAGAAUCAACAAAGUCACAUGGGUCCCAGAGGGAAGCCCCAGCAUCACGCAAAGCACCCACUAAACCAGUGAAACAUCACAAUGAGCUUAAGGCGACAAAAGAAGAGAAAACCAAAGAGAAGCGUGACCAGACAAGAGAGGCAGCAAAAGUUGAAAAGCCUCCCAACAAAGAAGAGAAGCCCAAGAAGGACAGUGAUGAGAAAGCCAGUAAGACCACAGAAGCAAAACCAGAGAAGAAGAAGAGGAAAGAUGACAAAGAUCCUGAAGUGCCUUCUAUCAAGUCACCGCGAGUUGAGGCAGCAGAAGUACCUAAGCCAACACCCAAGCCUAAAGUAGAAUCUGAGGCAGACAAGCACUUAGAAAAGCCUGCUGUCAAGGAAGAGAAAAGCGCUCCUCUGAGGAAAAUCAAAAUCAACCGUGAGAUUGGGAAGAAGAUUGUGGCUGGAGAGAGCUCUGUUCCUGUGGUGGAGAAGAAUCGGCCUGAGAAAACAAAACCAAAGUUGCGGAGAAAAAUACAAGCUCCUGAUUCCUUGCUUGUAGACUACACCAGCACAAGUUCAACGGGAGGAAGUCCAGUGAGGAAGCAGGAAGAUAUCAAGAAAACGGUAGUGAAGACUUUGGAGGAAUACAACAAUGACAGUUCUGCACCAGCUGAAAAUGAAAUAGUGAUGAUUAAGGUGCCUCGGUCAAAAUGGGAGAAAGAGGACUACGAAUCAGAAGAAGACGAAGGGAAGGAAACACAGGCAACAGCGAGCAUUAAGCCCACAGCUCCUCCAAAGCCAUCUGGGGACUUCAAAAUUCCUGCCAAGGAUUCUCCUAAACCAUUUAAAGAGCCUGCAGGAGAAGAAUUGACACCAGAAGCCAAGACUACAAAAGCUGCAGUGGCAGUGAGUGAGAAAGACAAGGCCAAAGACAAGGAAUCGACAACUGAUAAGAGAAAAGAGAGGGAGAAGAAGCCGGAGCGAACUGCUGAUCAGAGCUCUGGGAAAAAUGGCUCCACUGCCUCUGGCUCUUCUAAAGACAGGACUGUGGAAAAGACCGAAACUGCACCUCGGGUGCCCCAAAAUAAAGAGGGAGCUCCUUCCAUCACCUCUGACAAGAAAUGUGAGUCUGCAGUGGCCAGCAAAGAGCAUUCAGGUUCCAAGCGUAAGGAAGACAAGUUGAAGGAGUCCAUAAAGAAAAAAGACUCUCCCUCUGCAGGGCGGGAAUCCCACCCAAAUUUAAAAGGCAGAGACCGGGACGCUCACUCAGAUCCACCCAGGAAGACAACAACCACAGAAUCUAAGAGGCCAGAACAAAGCCCUGUUAGGGAGCGGAAGCCACGAACCGACCCCAAAAUUGCACCCAGUUCCAAAAAGCCUGUUUCAGAAGAGCCACGAGCAGACCGGGCACAUGGAAAGGAUGCACGCACCAGUAGAGAUCACAAUCUCCACAAACCCCACCGGACUGAUUCUCCUGAAGGCAGGUCUGAGCGGGAGCACGCAAAGAACAAGCAGCCGCUUGUGCGAUCCAGUCGCCUCUCCUCUGAUUUGACCAAGGAGACUGAUGAGGCAGCCUUUGUGCCCGACUACAGUGAAAGUGACAGUGAGAGUGACCUCUCGCCACACAGUAGCAAGCAUGCAAAAGAGAAGGGGCCGACAGCUGCCCCUGGUGAAAGCCAGGGCCACAGCAGUGCCAGCCCGUCUGACAGCCCAGCACGCAGCCGCAGUAGCAGUGCCAGUUCUGCAGGCAGCCAGGACAGCAAGAAGAAAAAGAAGAAGAAGGACAAGAAGAAACACAAAAAGCACAAGAAACAUAAAAAGCACAAGAAGCACACUGGGCUGGAAACAGAAACAGAAUUGAAAGGUCAAAAACAUAAACACAAGAAGAAGAAGUCGAAAAAAAGCAAAGACAAGGAGAAAGAAGAGCCCAAGGCAAAGGUGCCAGCCUAAAGGGGCGCUGUAAAUAGGGGACUGCCCAUUGGCUUGGCUUUUUUAUUAUUGCAUAUCUGUACAGAAGUGUGUGCGCAGAUUGGCGUUGCACUUUUUUUUUUUUUUUAAUUUGAGAAAGUGCGAAUUUCUUUGAACCCUAAACAGACUUUAAUACAGCUGUGUGAACGCGUGUAUCCAGCUGUGAGCAUUGUGCUGCUGGCCUCUCAGUAUGGAGAGAUGGGACUUAAUUUACUGUGAAUUAAUUUUUCUUUUGUAUCUAAUUUAUCAGCUGAAUGAUGACCCAUCACAAAAACUUUCUAUGUUGUUUUGAUUGUAAUAAAUUUUUUUCAG